AUGUCCUCUGAUUCUUUUCAACCUCCAAUUCAACUAAAAGGCGAAAUCAUGGAUCUCGAGUUCACCGUCGAUACAGACCAUCGCAAGCGAAGACGCAAUAGAACAACUCAGUCGUGUCUUAACUGCCACACUUCAAAGCGCAAGUGUGAUAGAAAAAGACCAUGCCAGCGUUGCAUACAACUCGGCUUAACUGGCCUUUGUGUCUACGAGAUCGAUGACCCAGCACUCAGGGAUGAUCCCACAGUCGAUGAAGCCACUCGUUUGAGAAACAGAAUUGCAGAACUAGAAAGUCUCGUCAGGGAGUUGCGUGGGAAACCACAUCCUCGCUGGGCAGAUGCCAAUUUCCGAGACGGAGAUCCCUCUGAAAGGUGGCAUUCGCGAGCUGCCAAGAACAACAUGCAACUCAGACGGCGCGGUCGGUCUGACGACGUACUAGAGCGCUCCAACCAAGAACCUCGGGGCUUGGUUUCCGCCGCCGGCGCGCCCAUCAAAGUUGAACCCGUCGCAGAUAUCUCGCAGCCUCAUUUGUAUCGCUUUACACCAUCCCCUCCGGCGUCCUAUUCCGCAUUCCAUUCAGAUAACUCUUCAUCGCCACCAUUCGAGCGUCAAAAUGGCCAUCAUUACAGCAACAGUUUACCUAGUAAUGGGCGCUCUAUGCCGUAUUCGUCCCCCACAUCCAAUCAGAACAUGACGUAUAACCAUCACCAUACCGACUCCUCGUUUCAAGAAAACGGCCAUGUCUAUCCGAUGAACUCCGCCGAACAAGAUAAAGUUUUUGGCAAUCAUUUCGCUGACUCCCCCGUCUCGCAUGCUUUUUGCUCAUGCCGAACAAACCCUGCCACCGGUCAUGCUCUCGUAGCUCUGAGUCAUCAGCUGCAAAACACGAUGAACUCCUUACGGCAGUAUGCUCAGCAUCCCGAGAAUUCCCAGUGCCAGCUGUUCAGGCGCAUCACAGAAUUGUAUGAUCUCAUGAGGUAUGUCGUCCCUGCCUUGCCUCACGGCGUCCUCGUGUUCAAAUUAACUAAUUUGUUUGUGGUGAGAACUAGUGGCAAUGAUCCGGAUGAGGCAUCGGGAUCACCAUAUGGAACCCUUCCCACGCCUACUGAAAGCGACAUUUUGUCAUCGCAUUCGUCCUCAAGUACCCCGUUUCAUGGAUCCUCAUCAGCUUCUGUAUCAGAGUGGAAUGCCAUGGCUUCUUCGAGAUAUAAUCCCUACUUCCCCGUUUCCCCAACUGAACAGGGACUGUAUAGUAAUAUCAUCACAUGAGCGGGGAUCCGUUCCAUCGUGAGCUUAGCAGCUCCAUUCAGUUCUAUUUACUCUCGUCACGCUGGCUAUGACGAUGUUAUGAUGUCUUUAGUCUCUUGUGCCUUAGAGUAGCAAAACUACAGCAUUUGUACAUUACAUGCCCUGUACCAUCAUCCAUACGAAGGGCGGCGAACUACAUAGACUCACUAAUCCAACUGCUGCAAUUUGAAACGGAAUUGACGCUGUGAUGAGGGAUCUGACAGUACGGGCUUCGAAUCAACAAACUUCCAAAUAUCUCUCUCUAUGAACAAUACUUCCCCGUUCCUUUUCACUAGUAUCACCGUCGAAAGGCGCGUUCCAUAGAAUUCUUGUGCCUCUUGCAGUUGAAUUGGUCCUACUUGGAUCGUGUUCCUCAGCUCUGAGCGUGCUCUUGGCAUCUGCGAAGACUUCCAACUGGGAAAA